CUGCUCCAAUUGAGGGCUCCCGUGCGAGCCAGUACCGAGUGGCGGGACCAGGGCACCACAGAUCGUGCAAGGAUUGGUUUCGAAGAUGGUUUUAAAAAUAUCGAUGUAUCUGUGCUGGCUGGCUGCGGCGAUGUCCUUACCACCGGAUAAGAUGCGUCCGUUCCACAUCAUCAAGACUCGGAGCAUUGACCUCAACAACGCUCACGGGCUGGCCAUGGAGUCUCGCCUGGAGAAGGCAGUGAUCCCCACGGGCUAUCGACUGGAGUUAGAGCCUUACUUGGAAGACGGGGUGUUCAAGGGUCACGUGAGCAUCAACAUCACGUGGCUGGAGGAAUCAGAUGAGGUGGCGGUGCACGCCGCGCACGACAUCGAGAUCACCAACACGGAGAUCCGGGCCCAGGCGCCUGACACCAAAGAAGUCCUGAAGCUCGGCAUCCGGCGCGCUGACAGUGACCUGAAGAAGCCCGUCUACACCAUCCGCCUGGACAAGGCCGUGCCCAAGGGCUCCACGGGGCACCUGGACAUCAGCUUCAACGGCAACAUGCAGACCGCCGUCACCGAGGCCUUCUUCAAGACUACCUACACUAAUGAGAAUGAGGAGGAGACCAUAGUAGCAGCGACGCAACUCCGCCCCAACAACGCCCGGCGCAUGUUCCCGUGCUUCGACGAGCCGGCGUUCAAGACCCCGUUCCAGCUGAGCGUGGUGCGGCCGCGCACCAUGCUGGCGCUCAGCAACAUGCCCGUCGCGCGCACUGAGGACAUAACCGGAGAGCCGAACGCGGUGUGGGACCACUUCGAGACCACCCCCUCCAUGUCCACCUUCACCCUGGGCCUCGUCAUCGCGGACCUCAAGCAGGUCGGCAGCCCCGCCGUCUACAAGGACGAAAAUGGAAAUAACUUGGAGCUCCGCGUCUGGGGUCGCCAGGAGUUCCUCCCCGCCCUGGAGGGGGUCCCCGCGAAGGUGCUGCGAGUGUUCGCCGAAGUCUCCAAGUUCUGGCAGGUGCCGCUCCCGCUGCGCCGGCUGGACCUGGUGGCGCUGCCCAACUACCAGGGGGUCAAGCCUGCUGAUAACUGGGGGCUGAUUGUGUUCAAGGAGAGCGACCUAUCAAGCCGUGGCUACCUGCAACUAGCCCAGGAGCUAUCCUACCAGUGGCUGGGAGCACUCACCACGCCGGCCUGGUGGACCGACGCGCACCUCAACAAGGCACUGGUGGGGUACCUCGCCGCUGAGACCGCCUUCAAGAUAAACAACGGCUCCGAAAUGGAGGGCAAAUGGCCGAUGACGGUGCUCUACUCUCUCUACUACGAGUUCAGCAAGCGCUACCCGCACUCGCGGAUCACCGGCAUGAAGCAGGAGACCACGUCUACUAAGAUCGAGCUGCUGUUCCGCAUGUUCAACUAUACGCUAGGUGGAGACACGUUCAGGAAGGGGCUACGGAUGUUCAUUGAGACUCGCAAAUUCAAGACGUUCACCGGAGACGACAUCUGGCAGGCUCUGAACACGGCGGCGGUGGCUGACGGGAGGAUCCCCAAGGACAUCGACGUGAAGACCAUCGCGGAGAGCUGGAUCAACAAGGACCGGCUGCCUCUCAUCACGGUGGAGAGGAACUAUGAGAGCAACUCCGCUUUGAUCUGGCAGAAAGUGUACCUGCGCGAGCGCCCGCACGACGUGCCCGACGCGAGCCGCAUGUCGUGGUGGGCGCCGCUGGUGGUGGCGCGAGGGGACCAGCUCUCCUUCACCAACACCACGCCAGCCGCCUGGAUGCGGAACCACAAGGAUCUCAACCUGAUAAAUAUGCCUAGCAAGGAGCACUUCAUUAUUGUUAAUCCGGAGGAAAUUGCACCCAUCCCUGUGAACUACGACAAAACGAACUGGAAUCUCCUUCUAACCUUCCUACAAAGCGAGAACAGGGUUCAAAUCCCGGAGUUGACUCGCGCCAAGUUGCUGCACGACGCGUGGAACUUGGCAUACGCUGGGGAGCUCUCGUUUGCCACUGCAUUGAACAUGACACUGUUUCUGAAGGAAGAGAAACAUCACCUGGUUUGGGACCCCGUGUUCACCAUGAUUGACCACAUUGGGAAGCACAUUUGCGAGUGCAUUCAUGCUAAAUUCCAGGCCUACGUCAGAACGCUCCUGACGCCCCUCUACGAGGAGCUGAUGAAGAACGUGAAGGAAGACGAGGAGAACUGGAGGAAGAACCUGCGCACCCUGACCAAGAACUUUCUGUGCCGCGCCGGCUACCAGCCCUGCGUGACGGAGGCGCAGGAGCAGUUCAAGAAGUGGAUCGUCGCUCCUAACCCGGAUGAGGGGAACCCGAUCGCAAACCAGUACAUCUGCCCGGUUUUCAAAUGGGGAACCAAAGAGGAAUGGGAGUUUGGUCUGCAAAGAGUCAUCAACUUCCCGCCUUCAAGGAAGCAGAGUGAACGGACAUACCUCUUGAAAACACUGGCUGGUUGCCCGGUAGAUGAAUCCAAGAUCAUCAGACUGCUGAACUUGACUCUGCUAGAAGGAAACGGCAACUUUACUGAGACCGAUCAGUUCCUUAUUCUGAGCAUGCUGAGUGGAAGCCCUCAGGGGUACACCACCCUUUUCCACUUCCUGCACAACAACUGGCAGGCGCUCAAGUUGAAGUACACCAGCCAAACCACUCUCUGGAACAGCCUGAUCACGGCGGCCACUUCCCAGUUCACCACCCAGGAAGGCCUGGACCUGGUCUCCAAGCUCCUCGUAGACCAUCAGGGAGAAUUCGGCUCCGCUGAACACAUCAUCGAGAAGUCCGUCAGAAACAUCAGGGUCGAAGCCAAGUGGUCCGCCGAGAACCUGCCAGUCAUAGAGAAAUGGCUCGACACUUACCUCGAGAAUGACAAGGAAAUACAACGCAAGGGUUAGAUGUUGAUGUUGGUGAAACAGGUGUAGUUGUAAGCGUACUUUUCUAUUGAAAAGAAAGUCUUUAGUCAUUUUGUGUAAUGCCAGUAUUGUCUUUUGCUACUAAGUAGGUAAGUACUUCCAUAUACAUCGUGGAAACUGUAUUAAGUUAUUUAAAAUAAAAGUUUUAAAAACUA